GCCGCUCCGCCCCGCUCCGCUCCCCGCGGGAGGCUGCGCGGGUCGGGCGCGGAGCCGUCCCGCACCGGCCAUGGCCUAGGGGCGGCCGGGGCAGAAGAUGAGUUUCCCCGCGGAGGACGGCGUGGGCAGCCUCUGCCACAAGGCGCUGCAGAUCAUCUCGGAGCUGUGCCUGGGCGGGCAGGUGGAGCGGGAGAAGUGCGCCGGCAUCUUCCCCCUGGAGACCGCCCGCCAGGGCAUCGGCGGCACAGACAUCUCAGUCAGUCUGUUAGCAGUAGUCGUCAGCUUCUGUGGGCUCGCCUUGCUGGUAGUCUCACUUUUUGUCUUUUGGAAAUUGUGUUGGCCUUGCUGGAGAAGCAAACCUCUCACUUCCAAUGCCAGUAAUGUCCCUCAGAGCAACUCCAGUGCUCCUACGGAGGUUUUUGAGACCAGUGAGAAAAAGGAAGUUAAAGAAAAUGGGAAGCCUACAACAAAGGUACUUGAAGCCGCGUUGAAAAUCAGCCACACUUCACCUGAUAUACCAGCAGAGGUCCAGAACGCGCUGAAAGAGCAUCUGAUCAGACAUGCACGCAUGCAGAGGCAGAUCACUGAGCCCACAUCGUCAUCAAGGCACAAUUCUUUCAGGCGACACUUGCCAAGGCAGAUGCAAGUGUCCAGUGUUGAUUUUAACAUGGGGACAGAUCCGAUUUUGCAAAGGGGAGAGACAACGACCAGCAUUGGGAGAAUAAAACCAGAACUCUACAAACAGAAGUCCGUGGAUUCUGAUGGGCAACAAGAAGAUGUGAAAACAUGUGGAAAACUUAACUUCACUCUCCGGUAUGAUUAUGAGAAUGAGCUUCUGGCUGUCACAAUUGUCAAAGCCUUAGAUCUGCCUGCUAAAGACUUCACAGGAACAUCCGACCCCUACGUCAAGAUUUAUCUGCUUCCAGAUAGGAAAAAGAAGUUUCAGACGCGAGUUCACAGAAAGACAUUAAAUCCUGUCUUUGAUGAAACCUUUCAGUUUCCUGUAGCCUAUGAUCAACUCAGCAACAGGAAAUUGCAUUUCAGUGUUUAUGAUUUUGACAGAUUUUCUAGACAUGACAUGAUUGGGGAAGUUAUUCUUGAUAACCUUUUCGAAGUCUCAGAUCUCUCCAGGGAAGCCAAUGUAUGGAAAGACAUCCACUGUGCUACCACAGAAAGCAUAGAUUUGGGUGAGAUCAUGUUUUCCCUCUGUUAUUUGCCUACUGCUGGGAGAAUGACAUUAACAGUCAUCAAAUGUAGGAAUCUCAAAGCAAUGGAUAUAACUGGCGCAUCAGAUCCAUAUGUCAAAGUGUCACUGAUGUGUGAGGGUCGAAGACUGAAAAAGCGGAAAACGACCACGAAGAAGAACACGCUCAAUCCCGUUUAUAACGAGGCCAUCAUCUUUGAUAUCCCUCCAGAGAAUGUAGACCAGGUCAGCCUCUCCAUUGCAGUGAUGGAUUACGAUCGAGUAGGGCACAAUGAGGUCAUUGGGGUAUGUCGGACGGGAAUUGAUGCUGAAGGGCUUGGAAGAGAUCAUUGGAAUGAAAUGUUGGCUUACCCACGUAAACCAAUAACUCACUGGCAUCCACUGGUAGAGUUACCUGGCCGAGCAACCAGUUUUGAUAGCCAGGGAUCUUGUUCAUCACCAAAACCACCGCUUACGCCCUAGGGAACAAGAGUGGAUUCAUCGUGUUCAGUGUCCAAAGCUCCCUUGUAGCUCACGUCUACAUAAAUAGAAGGUUUGGCUUCUGCAGAUGAACUGUAUCCAUAUUUUUUUAUUAAAAUACAUUUUUCCUAUUCUAAGUCUUAUAUUACAGUUUAUAAUAGUUUCUUAAAUGUAUGAAUGAAGUUGAAUUGAGCCAAAUGUAACCCUUCCUCAUAUAAAUUCAUUCACCUGUUUUCUCGCUCGCAUAUAUCCAGUGUCAUAUCCAAGCAGUGUUUUGAUAUGACCUAUAACUUUGCAUAGACAAAGAAAUCAGAAAAAAAAAAAUAAUCCCGUAAGCAAUUCAAAACCACUGCAGCUUGUAAUGCCUAAUUCUCUUGAGGGAGAGCAAAUAGUCAUAUAUAGCUCUUGUAGUAAAUUUCUUCGAAAUUGCACUAAAUCCUGUAUGACUUCUCAAGAUAACACUUUGAACUGAAUGUUGCAUGAAAAAAACAACUGUUGUCGUGUUUUGAGUGUUUGGAAAGUCAGUUAAUUCCUUGGGCAGGGAGGAAGGGCUGAUCAAAAGCCCACUGAAGCUGAUGAGAAGGACCCUACUGGCUUCACUGGGUUUUAGCUCAGCCUUUAUGGAACAGGAUUCACAACUGGAUCUAUGCAGUUAUAAUCUUCCAGCAAUCAAGAUGCCUGCUGGACCUACAGGAACUCGUUAGCUUGUCCAGCAAAACAACCAGGCACGUGUGCCCAGGCAGGUGGCUGUACUCAGCGGCUGUUUUGCUUCAGCUACCCACCGGCUGAUGAAGAGCUAGCUGGGAUAUCUCUGCAUGGCGCUGAGCAGCACACGCACGGGUAUCGUGGUGGAAAGCAAAUACGUCUGCAAUGAAUUGUGUGGAAAUUUACGUAGUUCCACAGAGAUAUAGGCGUCUCCUGAUGAGGUGCAUCCAGGCCCUUCAAAAUAGCCCAUUUGCUGCUGCCAUUGUGCAGUCCAUAUUCGGUCUUCAUGCAGGUCAAACUGUAGGUGAGAGAAUGCUCUGAAGGAAUUUAUUUAAUGUAUUUUAGCUGUUCAAAAAAUUGACCAAAAACUGCAAUUACAAAGAACAUUUUUCUGAUUCUUGAUUUAGUGUGACAGUAUUAGAUUUCUUUGAAGUUAUUUUGACUGAUAGCUCACGCGGAGUAGUUUCUGGUCCCUGGCUGGAUGCUCUAGAAUUAUAUGUCAAAUAUGAAUUUGAGAUACAUUUUAUGCCAAUAUAUGAAGAGAGAAAUUGAAAUGUAACAAUUUUAUAAACUAGUAAAAUCAUUUAUUAGAAUACACAGUGACAGCAAAUUCAAAAAAGUGUUGGCUAAAGUGAGCUGUUUUAAAAACUGGAAGAGAACUACACAUUGUUUUGUGGAUUUAGCUCUUUUUA